AUGAGUCUUCUCCAUUAUAAUCGAUGCAAAUACUUCAAGCGUUUACUAACUUUUUAUACAAACAAAAUUCGUUUUCUGUAUAAUCGCUCUACACCCAUCGUUUUGGUGACUUUUAGUAUUUAUAUAGCAUUUGCUACUGUUGCUUACUAUUUACUUUUGAAACCAUUCAUUAAUACCUUACUGAUACCUGGUAAACGUCCACACGAUAGAAAUUUUGUCUCUAAACUCAAUAAUCGUCUUCCCAUCUUUUCAAAUGCAACGAAUCGUCGUGAUUUCAUACUAGUAACAGCAUCUUCAGCUGAGUUUGUCGAUAGAUUGGAAAAUCUUAUUGGAUCGAUACAUUUUCAUGAACCACAUACAACGAUUCUUGUCUUCGAUCUUGGUAUGACUGAUUCACAACUCUCUCGGUUAUCAUGCAUGAUCAAUAUUAAAAUAGAACUAUUCCCGUUCGAGAUUCAUCCAUCCCAUGUGGCAAAUCUAGAAUCAUUUGCUUAUAAAGCACUUCUAUUGAAAGAACUAUUUGAGAAAUAUAGAUUCACGACAAAAGUUAUUGUCUACCUCGAUGCCGGCACAGAAUUACGCUCAUCACUUGAUCCAAUUAUAGAAUUAAUCCAAACACAUGGCUAUUUUUUCACACGACAAAAAACAUUGAUUAUUGAUCAUACUGAUGAGCAAACAUUUUCAGCAUUGAAUACGAGCAAAAAUGAUUUCAGCUAUAGUCACUAUCAAACAGCAGGAGGCAUUUUAGGUUUCGCAACAAAUCACUCCGGUUUUUACAAAGAUAUUUUGAGGCCAUUCGUAGCAUGUUCCUUGAAUGUUGAUUGCAUUGCUCCGAUUACGUCACGUUCAUCAAUGAAACAUCGUUUUGAUCAAUCUGUUCUAUCAAUUCUUGUACAUAAAGCUGGCUAUAAAGUAGAAAGUGAAGAACGAUUCCAUGGUGAUUUUGGAUCUGAACCCGAGCUCGAUGCAAGUAUGGUAAUAUUUUCCCGUCGUUGGCAUUGUCCCAAGAUAUAUGCAUCGGAAGUUGUAUUCCGACGUGCAUGUACCUAUUCACCAGUAUUUCGCUCACGUCAUCGUCUUAGAAAUAUUCAUGAACAUUCAAGUGUGUAUGGCUGUGGAACAUUGACAGUUGUCCAGCUUCGCUCAUUUCAGAUAGAGCUACCUUUCUAUCAAGUGUAUAUGAUUAUCUAUAUUAUUUAUAUAUUUAUCAUGAGUUUUUUUUAUUGUUGGGCUCUUCAUGUAUUACGUUUGUUGUUAUCAAUUAUAAGAAUAAAACAAAGAAGAGCGUAGACCUCUAUGUCAAAGAAAUUCCAGUUCUUUAUUUUACUUAGGGCAUACCAAAAGUUCGUAGAGUGAUACCUUAAUACCUUAUGAUAAGCUUUAAGUAACUUUCUUUCUAUAUAGUCUGAUAAAGAAAAAAAUGCUUUAUUUUUCUAUGCUAUUU